AUGCCGGGGCGGAAGGACGGCAGCCGUGAGAGGUCGAGCGCGUGCAGGCGGGGCGAGGAGAGGCGGAGGAGAGCGCGCAAGGGCGGGGCGGUGAAGAGGCGGGAGGUGGUGCCGUGGAGGGCGAGGGAGGCGAGCGCCGGGUUGGCUUGGACCAGCGCUAAGAGGGCAUGGCUGGAGACCCAGGGGCUGUCGUGGAGGGCGAGUGAGGCGAGGGAAGGACGCGAGGGGCGCGAGGCAGGACUGGAGCUUGGCGGAGCGGAGGGUGAGCGACUUGAGGGAGUGGCAGAGGAGGAGGAGGAGGAGGAGGAGGAGGAGGAGGAGGAGGAGGAGGAGGAGGAGGAGGAGGAGGAGGAGGAGGAGGAGGAGGAGGAGGAGGAGGAGGAGGAGGAGGAGGAGGAGGAGGAGGAGGAGGAGGCGAGGGAGGAGAGGGUGGAGGGAAGGGGGUUCCAGAGUGUGAGGGAGGUGAGGGAGGAGCAGCGCGUGAGGGGGUUUAGUUUCGAGGCAGUGAUGAGGAGAGCGAAGGAGUGA